AGCCAUGGAUCUGUCAUUUCUCUUUUCCAGCCAGGAUGGGCAAUGCCGCUAGCACCAAGCUGGGCCAGCGGUGAGGCAGGGGGAGGGGGGGUACAGAGGAAGAGGAUGGAGAGGGGGGGGCAAAGGUGAAGGCAGCCCCCCCCUCCCAAGAUAUCCCUCACCCCAUCGGGCCAUCGCCAUGGCGACGAAUUUUAACGACAUCAUCAAGCAAGGCUAUGUGAGGAUGAAGAGCAGGAAACUGGGGAUCUAUCGGCGGUGCUGGCUGGUCUUCCGCAAGUCCUCCAGCAAAGGGCCCCAGCGCCUCGAGAAGUACCCGGAUGAGAAGUCGGCAUGUCUGCGUGGGUGCCCAAAGGUCACUGAGAUCAGCAAUGUCAAGUGCAUCACCCGGCUGCCCAAGGAGACCAAGAGACAGGCCGUGGCCAUUGUUUUCACUGAUGACUCAGCCCGGACCUUCACCUGUGAUUCAGAGCUGGAGGCAGAGGAGUGGUACAAGACUCUGUCAGUGGAGUGCCUGGGUGCCCGCCUGAAUGACAUCAGCCUGGGGGAGCCCGACCUGCUGGCGCCUGGCGUGCAGAGCGAGCAGACGGACCGGUUUAACGUGUUCCUCCUCCCCUGCCCCAACCUCGACGUUUAUGGCGAGUGCAAGCUGCAGAUCACCCAUGAAAACAUCUACCUCUGGGACACACGCAACCCGCGGGUGAAGCUGCUCUCCUGGCCCCUCUGCUCCCUGCGCCGCUACGGGCGUGAUGCCACCCGCUUCACCUUCGAGGCUGGAAGGAUGUGUGAUGCGGGGGAAGGUCUCUACACUUUCCAGACACAGGAGGGCGAGCAGAUCUACCAGCGUGUGCACAGCGCCACUUUGGCCAUCGCUGAGCAGCACAAGAGGGUCCUGCUGGAGAUGGAGAAGAACGCCAGGCUGCUGAACAAGGGCACUGAGCACUUCUCCUACCCCUGCACUCCCACCACCAUGCUGCCCCGCAGUGCGUACUGGCACCACAUCACCGGCUCCCAGAACAUGGCUGAGUCCUCCAGCUAUGCCGGGGAGGCGUACGCGGGCGCCCAGGCCAGCUCAGACACCGACCUCCUCAACAGGUUCAUCCUGCUGAAGCCAAAGUCCUCCAAAAGUGACCAGCCUGAAAGCAGGGAGCCCACUUCGUCCCCGUGAGCUGGCAGGGGGGGACUUGGUGGUGGGGGCCCCCCUUUUUCUUCCCCAAGGGGUGACAAGGACACAGGCAGCUGCCCCUGUGGGUCCCCAGGGUCACCCUCUGUGCCAGGACCUUGGGGAGCUGGCACUGGCUCACUGCCUGAUGUUACUGGGGGUGACACUGGCUCAGCCUCCCCCGACUUGAAAUAUAUCUUGAAUAUUUGUAUGAUAAGUGAUUUUUCCUUCUCAGAUGAAUGCAAACUUCGCAGCCGCUGAAGAGCCCUUGGGCAGAGAUGCUCAUAGGUUUUUGACUCUUUUGGGGAUCCGGCUGGGAGGUGGCAAAGAGAUGAGGGGGUCAUGAAAUUCCAUGUGUUUCUGCUAGGUGGGAAGGCUGGAGCACCACAGCAGCACUGGAGGCUGCGGCUGUGCCAGGCUGAGGUGUGGGGUCCCAGCAUCUCACCCCCCCAUGAAGAGUGGGGUGCUCCUGGGGACACCCCACCACCCCCAAGCUGAGUUUUGCACUUCUCAAAGCUACUGAAGCACUUGCUGUAGAACUGGGAUGCCUCAGGAGAACCUGGCUUUCCUCCAGGGGUUGGUAGGGUGAGCAGCCAGGCAGAGCCCAGCUCCUCACCUCAGCACCCCCCAAGCUUUGUCCCUGCUGUAGCUGCUGGUGGGCAACCCAGGGACCCAUUUUGGCCAGCAGCAAAUUCCUGAGGGGCAGCUUUGUGGCUAUGAUUAUUCCCUGGGCAGAGCAGGGGAGAGCUGUGUUUCUGUGCAUUCCCAUCAUCCUCGCUCCUUCCUUGCCCGCCGCUGGGUGACAUCCCUUUCCUGGCGGGGAGCUGGGCAUCAUGUGCUGAACUCAAAAGCAAUUGAUUUUUUCCUAGUUCUAUUUAUUGACCUCCUUUAGAAGGGCUAUCUUUUUAUCGCUGUGCAAACCUUGGUGUUUCUUCGGAGUCUUCUUUUGGUCUGGGUUGGGUGGUUGGUGGGUUUAUUUCCACCCUUAAAGCUCCAUGUCUGUGCUUGAGGGGCAGGAGUGUCGUGAUGUGGGAACCUGUGGUCUGUAAAUGCUGUCUCUUGGGUUGGUGUAGCUUGUGGCUGCAGCUGGGGGGGCGGUGGGAUGGAGAAGGGCUGCUCCCAGCCGCGCGUCCUCCCCUGGGGAGAGGUGUCACUCCUGGCUACACACCUCAUCUUGAAAGGAUUUAACAUUUAUUACCAAAAAUGCUUGGGUUUCCUUUCUUCAUUUGUAAGGAGUUGCUCGAUGAAUAAACAACCCUUAUCCACCCUU